CCGGGGGUGCCGGCCAUGCGCUCCGUUGGCUGCCAGGCCUGGUCCGCGCUGAGGGAGGGUCCUGAGGGAAACCCAAAGGGUUUAAGGCGGGAGUCGGUGUUAGAGGCGCUCCGUGUCCUUGCUGAGUCGCGUCCCGUCAGUCGCAGCCUGCGGGAGCAGCGCUGUGAGGGUGGGGUGACCCUGUUUGGGGACCCCGGGAAUAAUGGCAUUAAAUUGUUUAAAGCCUCUCUGGGGUCCUCUCAGAGGUGGAAAAAGUUGAUUUCUGGGCCCUGCCAGAAAGGCCCGGUGAGGCGGUUCUAAAUCUAAGCCGUGAUCUCGAUGUUUCCACUCACACUCUGAGUGCAGGAGUUGAUGUGACUGCACUUUGAUGCUGUAGUUCUGUUAAAUGUUAUCCAUAAUCCAUCCCGUAUUUCCCCAUCCACAGACCGUUGCUGCGAUUGUGCUUUAAUGCUGUAUUUCUAUUAAAUGUUAUCCAUAAUCCUGAUUUUUCCCAGCCACAGAGAGUUAAUGUGACCGUAUUUAAUCUUGUAGUUCUGUACAUGUUAUCCACGAUCCUGAUAUUCCAUCCACAGACAAUUGAUGUGACUGGUUUUAACCCUGUAUUUCUGGUGGUGGCUGUGUAUGGGACCCUCUCAGAUUUGCUCUCUGUGGCCAGUAACAAGCUUGGAAUCAAAGCCACCAGUGUUUACAAUGGCAAAGGGGGACUCAUUGAUGACAUUGCUUUGAUUAGGGAUGAUGAUGUUUUGUUUGUCUGUGAAGGGGAGCCCUUCAUUGAUCCUCAGACUGAUGGGAGAGCUCAGGAGGAGCUGACAGGGUCCCACACAGACUGGCUGACACUCAAUGUGGGAGGCAGAUACUUCACCACUACAAGGAGCACUUUGGUUAACAAAGAACCUGACAGCAUGUUGGCCCACAUGUUUAAAGAUAAAGAUGCUUGGGGGAACAAGCAGGAUCAUAGAGGAGCAUUCCUAAUUGACCGCAGUCCCGAGUAUUUUGAGCCCAUUUUGAACUAUUUACGUCACGGACAGCUCAUUGUAAAUGAUGGCAUUAAUUUGCUAGGUGUCCUGGAGGAAGCCAGGUUUUUUGGUAUCGAUUCCCUAAUCGAACACCUCGAAAUAGCCAUUAAGAAUUCCCAGCCAGCUGAGGAUCACUCUCCCAUCUCUCGGAAGGAGUUUGUCCGGUUCCUGCUGGCAACACCCACCAAGUCCGAGCUGCGCUGUCAGGGCCUGAAUUUCAGUGGAGCGGAUCUUUCCCGCCUGGAUCUUCGCUACAUCAACUUCAAGAUGGCCAAUCUGAGCCGCUGCAACCUGGCCCAUGCCAACCUGUGCUGUGCCAACCUGGAGAGGGCUGACCUGUCAGGCUCUGUGCUGGAUUGUGCCAACCUCCAGGGGGUGAAGAUGCUGUGCUCCAACGCGGAGGGAGCGUCCCUGAAAGGCUGCAACUUUGAGGACCCAUCAGGCCUUAAAGCUAAUCUGGAAGGUGCCAACCUGAAAGGAGUGGACAUGGAGGGCAGUCAGAUGACAGGAAUUAACCUCCGAGUCGCGACGCUGAAAAACGCCAAACUAAAGAACUGUAACCUCAGGGGAGCAACGUUGGCAGGAACUGAUUUGGAAAAUUGUGACCUAUCAGGUUGUGACCUCCAGGAAGCCAAUUUGAGGGGCUCUAACGUGAAAGGAGCCAUCUUUGAAGAGAUGCUGACCCCCCUGCACAUGUCCCAGAGCGUCAGAUAGGGAAGAGGACCCGUCGAAGAGGAAGGAAUCCAAACAUUUGUCGUGACUUUCUUCACCUCCUCCCCUUCCUGAGUUAGAAGGAAUGGUUAUUAGACAACUUCCAUUUGCA